AUGCAAGAGCAAGUUCGAUGUUAUCCCUUGGCAAGAGGCGCAAAUUUUUUUGCACGCAGUAUCCAAGCGCCCCCGACAAAUCUUUGCUUGAAGGAUGAACAUAUCGUUGAUGGAGUGGUAGUUCCAAGGAACUGGCAGUUGAGAGUGAAGCCCGAAUGGAUAUGA